AUGUCUGGUGUGUGGGUGUUCGACAAGAAAGGGGUAGCGAGGCUAAUAAGCAACCCAACAAGAGAAUCCUUUGAGCUGAAAACAGAACAAACUCAACAAGGCACAGCAACAGCACCAGGUGCACGACCACGACUUCUCGUAUACCUUCCAACCAACCAAGUCAUUCAUUCUUUCUCCCAACUCGAACAGAUACUCAUCCAACUCGGUUGGACUCGCUACACUAACUCACUAAAUCAACCUCCUCCUCCUCCUGAUCUCAUUCAGUUCCAUCGCUCAGAUACUUCUACACACUACCUUCUCUCACUCCCCAAAAACUUCUCUAGUUUUAAACACUUUCAUAUGUACGAUAUUGUCAUUCAAAAUCGUUCUUUCUUUCAAGUCCGUGACCCCACAUCGAUCAUGCAUCGUUAG